AUUAAUUAGUUGCCUCUCCUCUGCUAUUUAUUUUUUUUGGAGAGAUGUUGAUAAAAUUCUGCUCAGCUUCCCCUGGAGGCAGGAGGGUAUUAAUUGAGGUUGCGUAUUAAUUCUGAUUGCUUUUCGCUAAUGUAAAAAUGGUAAAACCAUACAAAAAACUGACAUUGAACUGUUCGCAUUGAUGUUUUGCAGGGCCUAGUUUUGAGGUAAGUUUGUUCUGGAGAAUUUCACCAACUAGAUAAUCUGUUUCUGGCUAAAUUAGAUGGAUGUCUUUGUUUUGUUUUAUUGUGCCUACGCCCCAUUCCUUUCAGAUGUAAUACAUGGCCUCUAAACAAAAGCAAAUGAAAGCAUUUUAGAGUAGACUUCAGAUUAUUUAUUUCUCUUUUAAAGCUCAAUACUAAAGACAUGUUUUUCAGAGGGUUUGGUGGAUGUAAUCUUAUAUCAUCAACCUGAUGAUAAAAAGAAGAAUCGAGGAUUCUGUUUCUUGGAAUAUGAAGAUCACAAGUCAGCAGCACAAGCUCGACGUCGCUUGAUGAGUGGAAAAGUAAAAGUGUGGGGAAAUGUUGUGACGGUGGAAUGGGCUGAUCCAGUAGAGGAACCUGAUCCAGAAGUCAUGGCAAAGGUGAAAGUUUUAUUUGUAAGAAACUUGGCCACUACUGUGACAGAAGAAAUUCUCGAGAAAUCCUUCUCUGAAUUUGGAAAGCUGGAAAGAGUAAAGAAACUAAAGGAUUAUGCUUUUGUUCAUUUUGAGGACAGAGGUGCAGCGGUGAAGGCUAUGAAUGAAAUGAAUGGAAAAGAGAUAGAAGGGGAAGAAAUUGAAAUAGUGUUAGCAAAGCCACCGGAUAAGAAAAGGAAAGAACGUCAGGCUGCCAGGCAGGCCUCCAGAAGUACUGCGUAUGAAGACUAUUAUUACUACCCUCCGCCUCGCAUGCCACCUCCUAUUAGAGGCAGAGGCCGUGGAGGGAGAGGUGGAUAUGGCUAUCCCCCAGAUUACUAUGGCUAUGAAGAUUAUUAUGAUGAUUAUUAUGGUUAUGACUAUCAUGACUACCGUGGUGGCUAUGAAGAUCCCUAUUACGGCUAUGAUGAUGGCUAUGCUAUAAGAGGAAGAGGAGGAGGAGGAAGGGGUGGGAGAGGUGCACCUCCACCACCUAGGGGGCGGGGAGCACCACCACCAAGAGGUAGAGCUGGCUAUUCACAGAGGGGGGCACCCAUGGGACCACCAAGAGGAGCCAGGGGUGGGAGAGGGGGUCCUGCACAGCAGCAGAGAGGACGCGGUGCUCGUGGAGCCAGGGGCAACCGUGGGGGCAACGUAGGAGGCAAGAGAAAGGCAGAUGGGUACAACCAGCCUGAUUCCAAGCGUCGUCAGACCAACAACCAGCAGAACUGGGGCUCCCAACCCAUCGCCCAGCAGCCGCUCCAGCAAGGUGGUGACUAUGCCGGUAACUAUGGUUACAAUAAUGACAACCAGGAAUUUUAUCAGGAUACUUAUGGGCAACAGUGGAAGUAGACAAGUGAGGAGGGAUCGAGAAUUUUGGAAACAUAGAAUUGGCUAUAGCUCUACAUACUUCAAAACAAAAUUGGCUUAAUGUUUCAUCCUUCAGUAGCGAUUGGCUGCCAUUUGUAUUGGGCUGAAGAAUCACUCUAUUGUGUAUAUACUCGAGUCUCUUAGUUUUCUUUUUUUUUUUUUUUCUUCAUAAAUGCACUUGGACAUUACUGGGCUUGCAGAAUUCCUGAACUCCGUAUGGGGUUUCAAUGCUUUUAUCAUUUUAGGCUUCAUUUUAGCAGUUUAAAAGCAGGAAUGGCACACUGUUCAAUCAUGAUUUUGCAGAACCUCUGGUUUUUGGACAGUUUUUUUUUUUUUGGAUUUGGGAUAGACUACAUAGGAGUAUGCUGUACAUAAAAGUAAAAGCUAGUGCUUUGUCUUAGUAGUUUUAAGAAAUUACAACAAAUUAAGUUUUCUUGUAUUGAAAAUAACAUGAUUGUAUGUUUUGCAUUCCUAGAAGUAGGUUAACUGUGUUUUUAAAUUGUUAUAACUUCACACCUUUUUGAAAAUCUGCCCUACAAAAUUUGUUUGGCUUAAAACGUCAAAGCCGUGGCAAUUUGUUCCUUGAUGUGAUUGUAUUUCCAAUUUCUUGUUCAUGUAAGAUUUCAAUAAAACUCAAAAAUCUAUUCAAAACAUUA